AUGGCGGUCGACUCUGUGGUGAGGGCGAGUGAGCGUAACGGCGGUCAGCACCAUAGGUACCGGAAGCGCCGAGGAAGCAGCUGGAAUGGUCCGCCACUUCUCGAACGAAACUGGCCGCAGCAGAUAAAGCUUGACUGGACGGAAGUAUGCGGCCUUCGGAAUCUGCAGCACGCGCAAACGGCCAGUACGCAGCCUCCCGAGCUACAAAGCCUGCUGAUCCGCUACUCGGACGUGUUCAAGGUUGAGCUAGACACCAUUCCAGGUGAAAAGGCACUGGAGGCCCCCGGGUCGUCUGCCAGCCAGGCCGAGCACAGCGCGCGGCUUUGCGGAGCCGCCCCGACGGUGUUCCUCGCAUUCCUGGCGCUCGUGGCACUGAUCGUGCUGGUGGCGCAGUACGCGCGGCGCCACGCCUACUCGGCGCCGGACGCGGCGUCGCUGGCGUCCAGGUGCGCGCCGCCGUCCGCCUGCUGGGAAGAGCUGCAGCUGUUUCUGGCCACGCUCAGGUCCAGCGUAGAGCCGUGCCACAGCUUCGAGUCGCACGUGUGCGACGACGUGAUCUGGAGCAACGAGAUGACGCGGGAAACGCCCGACGACAUGCGCUUCCGCUGGUACCUGCAAGGAUCUCGCUUCCUGGACCAGUACGAAAAGCCCGCUCCUGCUGUUGCGCUCUACCGUGCCUGCCUGGACCAAUGGGACAGUGACGUAGGCGACGAACAGCGCGUGUUGCAGUUCCUCCGCGAUCGUGGUCUACUCUGGCCAGCGAACGCUGCCGGUAGUCAUCACGCGCUCUACGUUCUGCUGGACUUGAUCAUCAAUUGGGGCGUGCCGUUCUGGUUCGAGCUCAGCCUGCGCCGUCUUCCCAGGGAGUCAAGGCACGUCGGAGUCCGCGUUUAUACGCCCGUCAAGAAUUAAUGCGAGCCCGAGCUAGUCGGUUGCUCUAAAUUAAUGUUUGCCUAAAGCUGGAAGUGGUGUUUACACGUGGUUACGUGCACUUAAUGCGACGCACCGAAUCUCCAGACUGUGCGCUGUGCAUGUGCUAUGCGGCUGUCCUGAGUAGGUGGAAAAGCGACAGAGGUUCCUUGACGACGUUGCGCGUCUCGACAGUGAGCUGUGGCUAGAAGACGGAGUAGGGUUGCCCACUACGUGUUUUGCGUGGUACUUCUUUCGUCAUCGUCAACUAUCAUGCUCCUCUUUCUUUGCCUCUUCCUUUUUCCGCAGCGCAGAGCAGCUGGCUGGAGAAAUGUACCUCUGGCCAACCUCUCUGUCCUUCGUAUAAUUAAACCUUUCUCUCUCUCUAAGAACUGUGGGUGUUAAAUACAGAAAAUGGCGACUGGCGUGUCCCCGCUCAGAGAUAUGAUAUUGCAAACGAGAGUGACAAUAAAGGACGAAGAUCGAG